AUGGUUUUCAUGUGUUCCCGUGGAACUGGCUUGCCUAGACGGGGUUCUUUAUGUAUGAACCAGUUCUACAAGUAUGAGCACUGUCGACUUCAAAAAGUGUUCGCUGGAGAUAUAAGACGACAAUUGAGCACUCAAAAUGGGUCUGAGAAAAACGAGGACGAAAACGGACGAAACGGUCGUAGCAGACAUUAUGUUAAACGGGCAUUUCUCACAGUGUUGGUUCCGUACACUGCGUACGCGUUGUAUAUCGCUGCCACCGCCAGUGAAGAAAUCGAUCGUCGGGAAAACGCAGCGAAAUCUGAAGGAUCUGAGGGUCGAAAUGAUUCAAGGAGUACGACGCUGGUGAAAUACUCGCCGUUGCAAAUUUUGGGCCGAUUUGCUAACCCUUUCAAGGAGUACCGGGUGCUAACAGCGUUCGAGUUCUUUUUGAACCGAGUUCUGGAACUUUUCCAGCGGAACAGAGGCGGAAUCCCAAUCGAUCAAGGGUCUAUGGAUCAACUGAUGCCCAUCCACAAGCCCAAGUGGUGCCCAAAAGAAGAACUGGCUUUGGAAACAGUUCCAUUUACCUACAAUGUUGACGAAUCAAGACUUGAUACAAGUAGUGCAUCAACAGCAUCAUACCCAAUACACACAACAUGGCUCGGUCAAUCCUGCAACCUGAUCGUUUAUCGCGGGUUUCGGGUACUGACAGACCCAUUGUUUUCAGAUUUUAUCGUUCACGAGACGUUGGGCCCCAAACGCAUCACUCGUAUGCCUGCGCAAAUAGAAGACGUUCCGACACCCGAUGUGAUUUUGGUAUCUCACAACCAUCCAGACCACUUGGACUUCAAAAGUCUCAAAUUUUGGGGGUCUGAGGGUAAACACCAGCCGCUAUGGAUUGUGCCGCAGGGAAUGAAAGAGUUCAUGAACGAUCAUGGAGUCCAUAAAGUGAUCGAACUAUCUUGGUGGCAGACGCUCAAAAUCAACAGCAAGCGUUUGAAUUUCAAAAUCACAUGUACUCCCGCAAUGCAUUGGUCAGGACGGUCUUUGGUUGACACCAACAGGUCUUUGUGGUGUUCGUUUCUGUUGGCCGAUUGUGGGAAACCAAUACUGUUCCAUGCUGGCGAUACAGGUUAUGUUAGCGACCUUUUCAAAAGGAUUUCGGACUGGUGCGGACCUAAUGUGAAACUGGCGCUGCUACCGUGUGGUCAGUAUUGCCCCUCAUGGCACCAGAAACCCCGUCACAUUUGUCCCGAGGAAGUUAUCAAGAUUAGAGACGAUCUCAAGGCGCAAACCGUCCUGGGGGUACACUGGGGUACAUUUGUGCUGAGUGGCGAGUAUUUCCGGGAACCGAAGGAAAAGCUCGAAACGCUCGCCGAAUGGCGUGGGAUUCGCGAUUCCUGCUUUUGUCCGGAGCUGGGACAAACUAUUACAAUCGAGUAG